AUGCAGCCUCUCCGAUCGCCUGGUCCCCGCCCCCCACAUGGUCACCAAUCCCAAAAAUUGGUAGAUGAACUUGCGGGGAGGGUAGACGCUCUUGAGAAAUCCUCCCUCCAACCAUCUCGUUUAUCGCGCGGCGACUCUACAGAUCAGGUUGUUGGUCUAACACCUAUCACCGAAGAUCCACGAUCGGAAGCCGAGCGACGGGAGGACCAAGGACGCAGUUCGCAUACCCUCAAAGAACUCCGAAAGCAGAUGGAGGAUCUCCUUGUAUACCAACAAAUGCAGCAAACCCAACCAGUCUCUUCCCGGAGUCCACCUUCCGCCCUCUCAAAUGAUACUCCAAGAAAGAGACGUUUGUCAAAUACGUCCAAUACCUCAAUAGAACCCCCAGUCGCCAUUGUACAUCCUUCCGCAGACUCGGCAGGUUCAACAGGCACAAUCAAAGGUGUCCAGCCAGAGACACCGUCCGAUCGCAAAGCAGACCGGACACCGUCCUAUCCCUUCCCACACAUGCAGAGUCCACACAUCCAGCACAAACCGGCCAAAAUGGGAAUUGAACCAACAGCGCGCGGACCCUUUAGACUAAAGCUUCCUUCUGAGAAAUCUCAAUUUCCAACACCAGGGCCCCAUACUCUACCUACAGAACCAAAAGCCGUGGAACUGCAUCCGACCUUUCUGCCCGCUCAACAUAACCAGAUCCAGGAAGAUCCAAAUUUUGUCAGUCCUGAUCUUUAUGAUCUGACACUACAGCUAAAUGCGGAUUCCGGACUCGAAGCGUGGUGGUCCAACCUCAUUGAUAUAAUGCAGACACAUUACGGGGCUGAACGCAUGUCGCUCGCUGUCCCUGGAGAUGUCACUGAUUUGGAAAAUGUACCUUGGGGCCAAAAAGCAACUUUUAACCAGCACGCGGAUACAUCGUUGCAUGAACUUCAAGCGCGUCAUAUGGAGAAGGAGCCGUGUCACUCACGCAAAAGCGUCACGCAGCAGAAAACCGAGACGGUGUUCCAGGCUAAAAUGCCUGGAUCUUCCCGCCCAUCUUUGUUAUCUCGGCACUCAUUCGCUGGGUUUGAUAAAAAUAAAGGACACGCCCUCCACGACCCCAACCAACCUCAAGUUUCGAAGAUAAAUGUCAAAUCGGAGAAAAAGCACGUACAUAUCGCUUCCCAGAACCCGCCAUCUACAGAUCAUUCCAUGGGAGAGAACCCCGAACCCAAAAACGAUACAUUCAGCAGCCUUCUCGGCAGUAUGCAACAGGCUGUGUUCCCCACACCUAGACCAUUGGAGAUAGAGCCAGACCCCCUCAUCAAGCGUACAGGCGUGGCCAAGCUAUUUGGGCGUUCCCGUCCCACCAUCUUAACACGUGAAUAUGCAGAGAGCGCGCAAUAUCCGCAGCGGUGGGCCGAGUCGGCCGAAAGUCCAAAUGAGAUGGUUCAAAUUACUCCCGAUGUCGAUGGUCCUGGUGAUAAGGGAAUCGGGAGUGUACCGAUGUAUCAUGGCCUUGGUGUCAAUGAGUUGAAGCAAUAUGAUGAAUACGAGCAGGUUCCGCAGUCUCCGUGGUCUCAGUCCCCUGCUCCAUCGCCCGCUCCCCGUACACAUGCAGAUCAGAACCCGUUCUUCACGAACCAUUCGGUUGAUGAAGGGGCCUUCUCCAAGAAUCCGCCUCCACACGACUACUCUAACAAUCUCCCACUAGAGGCCAUUGGGAUCGACCAGUCAAAGACCGUCAUCCACAUUCCUCUUAUACACGGUGGUCACUCUAACCGGGAUUCCUCAUCGACAUUAAGAUUUCCUGUUGCCGUUGUGUCGAUGCUGUGCACAAUCGUCCCAUAUCCUCCCAACCUCAGACAAUCACUUUCUCUCCUGAUGCCGCAUUUGACAACUUCUUUCUGCUUGGCUCAGCGAUAUAGCCAGCUUGAAAGUCAGCUCUCGUCCAAAGUGGAAACUCCUCGCUUUGGUUAUCUUUUAGGUCUCGGGGGCACUUUCUCGGAUGCAAGCAGUGAGCUUGAGCUUGUUGCGGGACUGAGCGGUCACGUUAGCUACUCCGCUGGCGACAAUAACAACCCAAUGUCUGCGCACACGAGCAUGACUAGCCCUAGUGAUCGCUCGUCUGUAAAGUUCAGUCCUGCUGUAUCUGCUUUGGGGACCCCUGGAUUCGGUUCCGCAACUCAAUCUCCUGGAAUGACUUCACGAUCUGGCGAAGGUGCUGACAGCUACUUCAAUGUUCCGCAAAAUAAAAGCACCCGUGACAACGCGUCCCAUCACAGACCACGGCUCUCUAAGUCGAAGGGUACCAACAUCGACUCGUCAUCGCCAAUCUCUCCCGAUAAAAUGACUUGGAAACCAACCAUCGGCGAGGAGCACAACCUACAAGAUCAAUCUUUCUAUGUCGCAUCACCACUGCAAGAAAUUAAACCGGCCAACCCUUUUUCACCAACCCAGCAACCGUCACGACAGGCCUCGACGAACUCGUUUUACGCCCAACUACAACGGGAGCUCCCGCGCCCGUUCUCUGACACGAUAGCCCAGCUGAUGCUGAAUUCAAUCCCGUUGCAUCUUUUCCUGGCAAAGCCCCAGAGUGGUGAAGUGAUUUGGACCAAUUCCAAGUUCGAUGCCUACAGAAGAAGUCAGCACCAGGACCAAAAAUUUCGAGAUCCUUGGCAGAAUAUCCAUAGCAGCGAGAGUGAGCACGUUCAUAUAAAAUGGGCCAAUGCCUUGCGCACGGGUGCACAGUUCACUGAAAGAGUGCGGGUCCGAAGAUUCAACGAUGAAUCGGCAUAUCGCUGGUUCAUUUUCCGGGCCAAUCCGCUGUUGUCGUCAACGGGAGAGGUAUUGUACUGGAUUGGGUCUUUCCUUGACAUUCAUGAGCAGCAUAUUGCUGAGCUUGAGGCAACCCGAGAGAGGGAGAAGUUUGCUAUUGAUGCAAAGUAUCGUGCAUUCUCCAAUUCGAUCCCACAGAUAGUGUUUGAGGCAACGGAGAAGCGCGGAUUGAUAUUCGUCAAUGAGCAGUGGAAUCUAUAUACCGGCCAACCGCUUGAGGAGGCACACGAUCUCGGCUUCGCUAAACAUGUUCAUCCGGACGAUCUCGAAAAGUGCGGUGAGCUGUCUCUCAACAGAACAUCUCCGAGCGCGGACCAAGAUGAUAGCGGAUCUUAUGAGUUCAUGGUCGGAUCGGCUCUUGACGAACUUGUGAGGCGUGGCAUUGCUUCAUUACAACAAGAUGAGAAUGGCCGAGUGUUCUAUUCCACCGAGAUCCGCCUUCGCUCUCGAGGUGGUGAUUUCCGGUGGCAUUUGGUUCGCCUAGUACGUGUCCAGACCAGCAGUUUCGGGAGCGAGGAAGCCUCCUGGUACGGAACAUGUACCGAUAUCAACGACCGCAAAAACCUCGAAAGAGAACUUAACAAGGCUAUGCAACAGUUGAAUCACCAAAUGGAGUCCAAGACAAAGUUUUUCAGCAACAUGUCUCACGAGAUCCGAACCCCACUUAAUGGUAUCCUUGGUACUAUUCCGUUCAUCCUGGAUACACAGCUUGAUAGUGACCAGAGACGAAUGCUCGACACCAUCCAAAACAGCUCCACCAAUCUUCGCGAGUUGGUCGACAAUAUCCUUGAUGUUUCCCGCGUCGAAGCUGGCAAAAUGUCAAUGGUCAAAUCCUGGUUCCAUAUCCGAUCAAUGAUCGAGGAUGUAAUAGAUACCAUCGCCUCACGAGCAAUCGAUAAGGCUCUUGAGAUCAACUACCUCAUAGCCGAAGACUUGCCAUCGAUGGUGAUUGGAGAUCGGUUCCGAAUUCGCCAAGUUCUAAUUAACCUUCUCGGAAAUGCAGUCAAAUUCACUGCGCAAGGUGAAAUUCACAUAUCUUGCGGCAUGUAUCGGGAUCCUUCUGCAAGUCCCAAUGACACCCAAGCAUUCAUGAACUUUGAGGUCGUGGACACCGGAAAGGGUUUCAGCUCUCAGGAUGCGGAACGACUGAUGCAACGAUUCAGUCAACUUGGAGAAAAUGGGUCACAGCAGCAUGCAGGUAGCGGCCUGGGGCUUUUCCUGUCGAAGCAACUUGUCGAAAUGCAUGGCGGCAAGCUCACUCCCAGCGGCAAAGAGGGCCAGGGAGCAACGUUUUCUUUUUACGUUAAGGUCGAUGCUCCACCGCCGCCUUCCCCCUCUGAGCAGCCCAAAUUGAUGCGCCAGAAUUCAAGUGCUUCAAGAAGGCCGGUAAAGUCUAGAACGACCUCUUAUCAACAAGCACCUCCUCUGGCUACCAAAAACUCCGACUCAUCCGCGAAAAGCACCGAUACCACCCUGUCUUCCUCGUUCUCAGUCACAUCAUCUGCUCUCCCGACCCCAGAUAUUGGCCCCGCACCCUUGCCGCCUCCAUUAGAAGAGACAAGAGCUAUGGUGAAUCUGCCAGAUGCAGUCUCGAGUACAAGCAUCGAACCCACCGCUACAAAGCCAGACACACCGGCCCGCGUGCCGUCGCCUACGUCUCAAGGAUCUGGCUCUCCAGAUACAGAAACAGGGCCGGUAUCUGUGCCCGUUCAUGGUCCUUUCUCCAUUGUCAUCUUGUGUCCGCUUAAAAACUCCAGGCAAGCUAUAAAGCAGCACAUCGAGCAGGUCGUCCCUCAUGAGAUCACCUUCAAGAUUACAACAUUGCUUGAUGUUGAUGAAUGGAAAGACAUGAUGCACUCGCCUUCCACCGAUCCUUGCACACACCUUGUCUUGAACCUUCCAACUGAUGAUAUCUUGGAGGUCAUUCAAGGCAUGUCCGACUCAGGCUUGGAUCCCGCUCCAGUCAUCGUCAUAAUUUCAGACCUUUACCAAAAGCGUCAAAUUAGUUCGAAGGUCAAAGAGCUAGCAGCUUCAGGAAAGCAGGUUUUCAUUGUGCCAAAGCCUGUCAAACCUUCUGCUUUCUCGACCAUCUUCGAUCCCAAUAGCAAGCGUGAACUGAGCAAGGAUCGCAACCAAGACAUGGCCCGCGAGAUCAAUAACAACUUUAAGACUGUCUCUAAGAUGGUCAAAGAAGUUUUGGGUAACAAGGGUUAUCGAGUCCUGCUCGUUGAGGAUGACGAAACCAAUCGAGACGUCAUGCUGAAGUAUUUGGACAAGAUCAAGCUAAUGUCGGAGACUGCAUCCAAUGGACUGGAGUGCACUAACAUGGUGCUUUCUAAAGAGCCGGGAUACUAUUCUCUCAUCAUCUGUGAUAUCCAGAUGCCUAUCAAGAACGGUUACGAUACCUGUAGAGACAUCCGCGAUUGGGAACAAAUGAACCAUUACCCACAGAUUCCCAUCAUGGCUCUUUCGGCCAACGCAAUGACAGAUCAAAUUGAAAAUGCUGCUCGCGCAGGUUUCAAUGACUACGUCACCAAGCCAAUCAAACACAAUGAAUUGGGUAAGAUGAUGAUGGGCCUUCUCCAACCCGGUCGCCCACUCAUGCUUCUGCGAGACCGCCUUAGCCCAGAGCACCAACAAGCCAUCGCUGCUCGCCGCUAA